AUGUCUACAGAAAAGAAACCCCCAAUUACCUGCCAUGUCCUCGAUACGACCCUGGGUCGCCCCGGCCCAAAUAUACCCGUCACCCUCACCUUACAUCCCGCUACAGCAGCAAACGCAGAGAGCCCUACAAAAUUCAGCGGCCUGACAAACACCGACGGGCGCGUAGUCUCCUGGACACCUUCCUCACCAUUCUCCUCCGCCAGCUUAGAAGAAGUCUUCAAACAAGAAGGCGACCAGAAGUACACACUGUCGUUUGAUACCGAGGCAUAUUUCGGGGAGAGGGGAGUGAAGACUUUCUUUCCGGAGGUAGAGGUCAAAUUCUUGGUUAGGCAGGAGGCAAAAGGGGAGCAUUAUCAUGUGCCGGUGCUGUUAGGGCCCUUUGGAUAUACUACGUAUCGGGGAAGUUGA